UUCACCGCUUGCCUUAUCUUUAAGCUGUCUUUCUUUCCCUCCAAACACAGCCCCAGAAACAUCCCAAUGCAUCGUCAUCAUCAUCAUCAUCAAACUUCACUCCCCCACCUGAAAACCAUCAUACCCACCAUUGUUAUAGCUCUUCUUCUUCACAGCUCCCACCCUUCUACCAGUGAUCAUAUUAAUGGCUACCAAGUUAGCCAUUAUUUCAGCAUCCCCUCGUUUACACACAACCUCCAUUAAAAGACCCUUGGCUCCGAUUUCUUCUUUUGUGUCUUCUUUAUCUUCUUCUGCAAGGGUUCAGUCGGUUCAGUUCAAUGGAAGGCAUAUAUGCCUUCGACGCAGAGUUUUGCUGCUUUCCACCAAGGCCACUGCUGACCAACAAGACCAGGGCCUGGCUGAAGAAGCUGAUGUCAUCGACGGUAAAAUCCUGCCAUAUUGUAGCAUAGACAAAAAAGAGAAAAAGUCAAUUGGUGAACUUGAACAAGAGUUUCUUCAAGCACUACAAUCAUUCUAUUAUGAGGGAAAAGCUACUAUGUCAAAUGAGGAAUUUGAUAAUCUCAAGGAAGAAUUAAUGUGGGAAGGAAGCAGCGUUGUCAUGCUAAGUUCCGAUGAACAGAAGUUUCUGGAAGCUUCAAUGGCUUAUGUGUCUGGGAAACCAAUUAUGAACAACGAAGAGUAUGAUAAUUUGAAGUUGAGGUUAAAGAUUGAAGGGAGUGACAUUGUAGUUGAGGGUCCACGAUGCAGUCUCCGAAGUAGAAAGGUUUACAGUGACCUGACCGUUGACUAUUUGAAGAUGCUUCUGUUGAACGUCCCAGCGACCGUUGUUGCGUUAGGAUUGUUUUUCUUCCUUGAUGAUCUGACUGGAUUUGAAAUCACAUAUCUACUUGAGCUCCCUGAGCCAUUCAGUUUCAUUUUCACGUGGUUUGCUGCUGUGCCCCUCAUAGUUUGGCUAGCUCUAUCACUUACAAAUGUGAUUGUGAAGGAUUUUUUGAUCUUAAAGGGCCCAUGUCCCAAUUGUGGUACUGAGAAUCUCUCCUUCUUUGGCACCAUACUGUCAAUUUCUAGUGGUGGUACCACCAACACUAUCAAAUGUUCCAAUUGUGGAACUGGACUGGUGUUUGACUCAAAAACUCGCUUGAUUACGUUGCCAGAAGGAAGCCAAGCUUGAUUGGAGGAACAAUCCAGUUUUUAAGGCAAUACAGCAGUUACUAACCUAUGAAGUUGGAGAUGAAGGGCUUCACGUUAUGUAUAUACCCAGAGUCAACUAUUAGUUGUUUGUCAAUGUGUAUUUGUAAUUAUCUACAUGCUCGUAAUGUACACAAAAUACAGGUUUAUUCAGUGGAAGUGGAAGAGAGAACUGUGGAACUUUGAUGAAAAUCCUAUCUAUAAAAAGCUUUGUAUGCAAAAAAUAUUACUUC